CUCACCCGCCAAACGAGCGCGAGUCGCCCGCGCCCCCGCCGCCAAGCCCGCCGCCAACGGCGUGUUCAAGCCGCUCCUGGCGCACAAGUGGGAUCUCGACACGGGGAUCGAUCCGGCGGGCUGGCUGAUGUCGGAGAAGCUCGACGGGGUGCGAGCGAUUUGGCACGGCGACAAGGGAGUGUUCCUCAGCCGCGAAGGCAACCCGUUCUACGCGCCCCCGUGGUUCACGAAGCGGUUUCCGCGGGGGAACAUCAAGCUCGACGGCGAGCUGUUCACGGUCCGCGGCGGGUUCCAGGACUGCGUCAGUAUUGUCCGCGCGCACAACCGUCCGGACCGCUGGAAGUUCUCCGUCAGCUACCAGGUCUUCGAUGUCCCCACCAUGGCGGACCAGCCGUUCGAGGAGCGCCUGAAGUGGCUUAAGAGAAGGUUUGAUGGCGGCAAGGAUGCGAUCCGCUGGGUCCAUGUGCUGCAGCACGAGACGUGCAAGAGCAAGAAGCACCUAAUCGACCGGCUCGACGAGGUGUGCGCGAACAAGGGCGAGGGCAUGAUGCUGCGGCAGGCCGGCAGUCUGUAUAUCCAGGGCCGCUCGCGGAGUCUGCUCAAAGUCAAGCGGUUCCUGGACGCCGAUGCGAUUGUGAGAGCGCAUGAGGGCGGCUCGGGGAAGAAUGUUGGCGUGUGUGGCGCCCUGAGGGUCGAGAUGCUCGAUGACAAGGGGGAUCCCACGGGAAAGCUGUUUAAGGUCGGCAGUGGAUUCACCGAUGCGCAGAGGAAGGUGCCGCCGAAGAUCGGUGCCACUAUCAUCUAUCGCUACCAGGAGUUGAGCAACAGUGGCACGCCGAGGUUCCCGACGUUUGUGGGCGAGAGGGCGGAUUAGGUUAUUUUGUGCUUGCUUGCUUGAUUAUGACUUUAUAUUCUGCUUCUGCUUCUUCUUCUCAUUUUGGAUGGAAUAGGGUCUU